AUGGUUGAUAAUACUGAUGAUUAUUCAUAUGACUAUGAAUAUUUAUACAAAAUAGUCUUAAUUGGAGAUUCUGGAGUUGGGAAAUCUAAUUUAUUAUCAAGAUUUACCAGAGAUGAAUUUAAUUUAGAAAGUAGAUCAACUAUUGGGGUUGAAUUUGCAACCAGAACAUUGGAAAUUGAUGGUAAAAGAGUUAAAGCUCAAAUUUGGGAUACUGCAGGUCAAGAAAGAUAUAGAGCUAUUACUAGUGCUUACUAUAGAGGAGCUGUAGGGGCAUUAAUAGUUUAUGAUAUAUCCAAAACUGAAAGUUAUGAAAGUGUUUCAAGAUGGUUAAAAGAAUUAAAAGAACAUGCUGAUGCUAAUAUUGUAAUAGAAUUAGUAGGGAACAAAAGUGAUUUAGAUCAUUUAAGAGCUGUACCAACUGAUGAAGCUAAGAAUUUCGCCAAUGAAAAUAGUUUAUUAUUUACUGAAGCUUCUGCUUUAAAUGCUAAUAAUGUUGAUUUAUCAUUCCAUCAAUUAUUAAAGAAUAUUUAUGAAAUGAUCAGUAAACAUCAAUUAGAUAAUGAUGAAUCCUCAAAUCAAGGUCCUUCUUCAGGUCCAACAAUUUCUUUAACUCCUGCUCCUCAAGAGAAAAAGGGUAAAAAUAAUUCAAAUUGUUGUUAA